AUGACUGACGAAUGUUUAUGCAGAGCUUUCUGCGUAUGCACCAUUAUCGCCGUUGCGGCUCUAUUUCCCCUUUACAUAAUAUUCCAAACCGUCACGAUGACACCCUCGGGCCCACACUUUUACAUCAACGAAUUCUAUGUCCCGGCCCUCGAUCUCUCCCAACACACGGCUUCAAAUAAUAAUAACAAUCAAACCGUAGUAAUUAACCCUUGUCUCUUCCUCGAUCUCGCCUUUGUGAACAUUAUGCUCAAGCAAACCGUACACUACGGAGAUGUCAACAUCACAUUAUCGCACGGUCGGAAGGCCGUAGCGAGUUACGUGGUCCACACCUUCGUCCAGGAGCAUCGUGGCGUGGAGUACAGGCGGGAGGUGGUGGAGAGUCGGGGAGUGCCGUGGGAGAGCACCAAGAAGGCGGUUUCCAAUGGGUCAACUGUGGUUUUCAGGGUUGACUUGGCGACGCUUGUCAAGUUCCAUUCGUUGAAUACGAAGAAGAAGGAUGUGAGGAUUGGGGCUGACGUGGAGGUUGAUGGAACCGGUCUGAAGUUGAAGAGAGAGGAUAUUCGGCUCGACUCUGCUGCUUCGCGGCGUGGGGUGGGGAUUUUUGUUCUGUUUCUCAGCCUUUUAGUUACGCGGCCAUGUUUCUGA